AUAUAGCUACUGUGGAAGAAUUGGAUGAAUUAAGUUCUGGAACAUCACCUGUCAAUAAGGAGGAAGAUGAAGAAAAUUCUUUAGAUAAUGAUUCUGACAAUGAAGAUACAGUUGAACUUGCACAUGUAUCUUUUAACUCUUUUGUUGGAUCAAAAACUAGCAACAAAGAUUAUAAUUUAUAUAGAAAAGGGGAUGAGUGUGGAGGGUUGGGAUUGUCAUCUAUAAUAGAUCUUUCAUCAGAAUUCAAAGGAGGUAUGCAUUUCUGGUUUGAUGGUGAUUGGAUUCCAUUAAAGACCAAAGCACUAUCAAAAAUCAAUAUAAUUGUUAAGGAGUUUUCUGGCGAAAUAUUAGAAUUUAUUACAAAAAUAGAAAAU